AUGCCUUCUGAACCCAGCCUCAGCACUGGGGAGAUGCUGACAGGACAGAGGCUGUGCCAGUCGAAGUCCCAUCAGGACUCGGUGCUGUCGGCUCUGAACCAGCAGAGGAAGGAUGGCCUGCUCUGUGAUGUGACGCUGGUGGCGGGAGAGCAGAAGUUCCAUGCCCACAAAGCUGUCUUAGCAGCAUGCAGCGACUACUUUAGGGCCAUGUUCAGCUUGUGCAUGGUGGAGAGCGAGGCGGAUGAAGUUACACUGCAGGGAGUGACCAGCAUUGGACUGAAGCACGCUUUAGACUUUGCGUACACUGGACAAAUCAUUCUGGAGCCAGCGGUCAUACAAGAUGUCCUGUCUGCGGGGAGCCACCUUCAGCUGCUGGAGCUCUUAGGCCUUUGCUCUCACUACCUCAUCCAGGAAUACAAGAUGUCACACUGUUCUCCUCUGGUGCAGGGACAGAUGCUGCAGGAUGCGCGGGGAAAUCAGGAGCUGAGCAGUGUGAAUUACCUGGAGCUGUACCGAGUGGCUGACCUUUUCCACCUUCCCGCCCUUGAGGAGGCAGUGGUGGGCUUCCUGGUCGAGCAUCUAUCUGAGCUGAGCCAGAGUCGGCAGGAGGAGGCCUUGCAGCUGCCCUACCGCCUGCUCCGGGAGGUCCUGAAGAGCGACCGCCUCACCUCCCUCAGUGAGGAUGACAUCUGGAAGUUGGUUGUGUUGUGGCUUGAACACGACUGCCGCUACCAGUACACUGAAGAUCUUCUCCAGAAUGUACGAUACGGCCUCAUGGAUGUCCCAACACUGCAAUACCUCGCUCGAAAUCACCCCCUGGUCCAGUCUAGUCCCACUGCUGCCGCCCUGGUGGAAGAAGCCCUGGACUACCACCACGCCACCUAUUCUCAACCGUUACAGCAGUCGGCCAGAACGAGACCAAGAUUUCAGUCUCUGACACUGUACAUUGCCGGAGGGAGGAAGAGGGAAGUCAGCAGAGUGCGUGAGCUGAGAUACUUCAACCCUGCCGCCCAGGAUCAUGUACGGGUAGCGGGAGGAUCCAAUUGGAGUGAACUUGCCCCUAUGCCCACUGGGAGGAGCCACCAUUGUGUAGCUGUGAUGGGGAACUUUCUGUUUGUGGUGGGAGGGGAAGUUGAACACGCCACAGGGAGGACAUGCGCCGUCAGAACUGCAUGUAGGUACGACCCCAGAGGAAAUCGAUGGACUGAUAUCGCUCCGAUGAAAGUUUGUCGAGAACAUUUUGUUCUAGGAGCUUUAGGGCAGUACCUGUAUGCAGUAGGUGGCAGGAAUGAGCUGAGACAGGUGUUGCCCUCUGUGGAGCGGUACUGUCCCAAGAAGAACAAGUGGAUGUUCGUUCAGCCCUUUGAUCGGUCACUUUCCUGUCACGCUGGCUGUGUGGCUGACAACCUGCUUUGGAUUUCAGGUGGAGUAACAAACACAGCCCAGUACCAGAAUCGUCUAAUGGUCUAUGACCCUGAACAGGACCAGUGGUUGGCGCGCAGUCCCAUGUUACAGAGGCGAGUGUACCACGUGAUGGCGGCGGCGAGGAGGCAUCUCUACGUACUCGGCGGGAACGACUUGGAUUACAACAACGACCGGAUCCUGGUCAGGCACAUCGACUCCUAUAAUAUGGACAUGGACCAGUGGACGCGCUGCUCCUUCAGUCUGCUCACAGGUCAGAACGAGUCCGGUGUGGCGGUCCACGAUGACAGGAUCUACGUGGUGGGAGGGUAUUCCAUUUGGACCAACGAGCCUCUGGCGUGCAUUCAGGUGCUAGAUCUGAGUAUGGAGGGCAAGGAGGAGGUUUUCUAUGGACCAACACUGCCAUUUGCCUCUAAUGGAAUCGCCACCUGUUUUCUCCCUGCUCCAUAUUUCACCUGCCCAAACCUACAGACACUGCAAGUUCCUCAUCACAGGAUUGGUGCUGUCUAA